GGGAGGAUAAGUGACUUUACUUUAGUCAAAAUCACAUUGAUUUUCUUCCUGAACAGGAAACAGCACAGAGCCCCAACCAAACUCUGUAUGCUUCAGUCUGUAUGUGUUUGUCUUUGCUCUUGUUUUCAGAUAAACUUGUUGUUUUUUUAUCACAGAACAUUCUGACAUUCUAGAAAAUGACAGAGUUCUUCUACAGUAUGACAUCAUAGAGCUGCAUUCUAUCAGAACAGGCUUAUGAGUGAGAACUUCAGCCAGAAAUCAUUUCAGUAUCAUCUGUUCAGACAGGAGACACGAGAAACACAAAGUCAAUCUGCGCUACGCUUCCUUUGAAUUAGCAAAACUUGACAAAGAAACAUGCGAAAGCAUAGAAACAGAAAACGGUCGUCAGCGACCUCAAGAAGAGAGGAAAAGAAAAGAGCACCUGUUAACUCAGAGCUACAACCCAAUGACGUGCUGAGAAGCAGUUGGAGUGAAUACCUGCUUCAGCACUUCAUGUUUGAUGGGUUCUUCAGCAGAGUCGCUCGGUGUCAAGACAAAAACACCAAAGACACUGUGGCCCUCAAGAUCUUCAAGAAGAGGAGCAAUGACUCCCAGGAGCCCAACAGAGAGCUGGCCAUGCUGAAAAUGAUCCGUGGUCUUGAUCCGCUCAACGUCGUUCGAUUCUGUGAGAGUUUCGAACACAUGGGGAAGAUGUGUCUUGCAUUUGAAAUGCUGGACAAGAAUCUCCACGAGCUGCUGAGGGAGAGACGUGGCAACCCGCUCUCUCCUCAGCAAAUCAGAUCUAUCACAGAACAGCUGGUCGCUGCACUCGGAGCUCUGAAGACUGUUGGUGUGAUUCAUACAAAUAUCACACCACAAAACAUCAUGCUGGUUAACCAGAAAGAAACUCCCUUCAGAGUCAAACUCAUUGACUUUAGUUCAGCCAUCAAAGCUGCUGAAGUCAAGCGUGGCGUCAUCAUGCAGCCUGUCGCAUACAGGUCUCCUGAAGUGAUUCUGGGUCUUCCCAUCUCAGAAGCUGCAGAUAUGUGGUCUCUGGGUGGUGUUCUGGCAACCCUGUACCUUGGCAGUGUGCCGUUCCCUCAGCGGUGCCAGUAUUACCUGAUGAAGACUAUGGUGCAGACACUGGGUCAGCCGGAGGACCAGAUCCUAGAUGACGGCACCCACACGCUGCUCUAUUUCAGCCAGAACCAGGACUCCACAAAGCCAGCAUGGAGGCUAAAGACGGCUGAUGAGCACAAGGCUGUGACUGGCUUCCCGCCCCAAAAUCACAGAGGCAGCUCAACCAGGUUCAGCAGCCUGGAUGACCUUGUGAUGCUGUACCCAGAGGCAGAGACGAUUGAGGAAAGGACAGAGUUUGUUUGCCUGCUGAAGCAGAUGCUGUGUCUGAAUCCUCACAAGAGAAUAACCCCAAGUCAAGCUCUGGGUCACCUGUUUAUAACCAUGAGCCAACGGGGUGACGAUGAUGAUGCCAUCUCUCAUGAGACAGCCUCACCUGCUCUUACAAGUCAUCAAGAGCCACAAGAUGAUGGUGGCUCAGCAGCAGCAGACACAGUUGCCAUCCUGACUACAAGAGAUGGAGACUCUGCUGUGACUGAAUCAAGAGAUGAAGAUUCAGCUGAAAGUCGCUCAAAUGGUAGAGAUCCAGAUGAUGAGCCCUCAGAUGGUGCAGCUGAUGAAGCUGCAGUCACCUCUGCCUCCACAGAUGAAGCAUCUACUGCACCUGUACUGACUGACCUGUAUGACGCUGUUUCAGCUGACAAAGGUCCAGUCACUCCAUCUGCAGCUGGAGAGGUUUCAGCUUCACCUUUAACUGCUGACUUGAAUGAUGCUGAUUCAAGUAAAGAGGCUGAAAGUCGCUCAAAUGGUAGAGAUCCAGAUGAUGAGCCCUCAGAUGGCGCCGCUGGUGCAGCUGAUGAAGCUGCAGUCACCUCUGCCUCCACAGAUGAAGUAUCUAUUGCACCUGUACCGACUGACCUGUAUGACGCUGUUUCAGCUGACGAAGGUCCAGUCACUACAUCUGCAAGUGAUGGAGCUUUAACUGCACCUCCAAGAAACGACUCUGAUGCUGCUGCGGGUGCAGCAGAUGAAGCUGCAGUCAACUCUACCUCUAUUGAUGAAGCUUCAACAGCAUCUCUCAAGACUGACCUGUAUGACGCUGUUUCAGCUGACAAAGGUCCAGUCACUGCAUCUUCAGCUGAUGAAGCCUCAGCUACACUUCCAGAGACUGACACAGAUGAAGCUGGUCCAGCUGAUAAACAUACAGUCAUGGACUCUGAUGGAGUCUCAGCCACCAGCUCUAGAAACACUCAGAGGAAGCCGCUGAAAAGGAUCAAGAGAUUCUUCGGCAGGAUGUUUAGAGCCCUGUGCUGCUGUUGUUGCUCUGUACAUGUUGAGGAAUAAUUCUAUUUAAUUUCAUUUUCUGUGUAAUUUGUCAUUAAAAAAUAAAUGCAUAAAAAUA